AUGGCGACCGCAGAGAAGAGACCCUAUGCGCUUCCUCGAGACGCCGCUGAAACGACAAGGCUGGAUCUCCAGGCUCGGGCCUACGACCAGAAUAUUGGAUACACCAUCCAUCCCGAGAUCGCAAAGUCACUCCCGGCCACGGCUGUAAUCGCAGACGUCGCCUGCGGCACUGGAGCCUGGAUGCUCAAUCUCGCCUCUCAGAUGCCAUCGACGUAUCGCUUUCACGGUCUCGACAUGUCCGCCGAGCAGUUCCCUCCGACACAUCCGGAGAAUUGUGCCUUUGGGACCUUGAACCUGCUGGAACCCAUUCCUCCGGAGAUGCAAGGUCGCUUCGACAUGGUCCACAUGCGUCUGCUCAUCGUCGGCCUGACGGGCGACGACUGGCACAUUGCCCCUACCAAUGCUCUCCAAAUGCUCAAGCCCGGCGGCUGGCUUCAAUGGUGCGAGGCGGACUAUGAGCAGACGACUGCGCUCCAAAUGCAGAGUGGAGCCUCUACUCAAGCAAUGCGACAGUCUCUCCAAAUGAUGUUGAAGAAGGGCCGUGAGCAUGGCAAGUUUGGGGGAGACGUGGGCCGACUCUUUAAUACGGUGCACCAGGCUGGUUUUCAAAAUUGCAGCGAGGACAUUGUCAGCUCGGAUCGCAUCCCUUCCACUAGGCAAGGUCUUACGCUCGUCUCGCAGAAUGCCAUCGCAAAGAUCUAUAAGAUCAUGGCAGAUCAAGAACAAGCGGCCGACGCCGCGACGAAACACCUGGAUGCUGUUCUCGAGCAGUGCGAGGCGGAGAUUGCGGGUGGCAAGACGUAUUGGCGAUUCGACAUCCACACUGUGAUCGGUCAGAGGCCGUUGACUUGA